AUGGCCAACAGCUUUAAAACUUUGUCACUUACUCCUACUCUCAAUGAUUCAAAUUCCUUGAUAUCCAUAAAUGCAACUGUUAAUUCUCUGUUAUUUGGAUACGUUCUCAUGGGGUUUCUUGAUAGUUCAAAACCUUGUCCACCAUCAACAAUCACUAAAGAUAACAAAGAGGAGCCAAAUUCUGCCUUUCUUUAUUGGUCACGGCAGGAUCAAUUAUUGCUUCAUGCCAUUGUUGCUUCAGUUUCAGAGCCCUUUAUUUGCCUCAUGGCCUCAUCCAAAACUUCUUCUGAGACUUGGCAGAAGCUUUCACGGCUUUAUGCUAACAGUUCUCGAUCCAGAGUAAUGACGUUGAAAGAUAAGCUUCGUGUUCCAAGGGACAACAAAUCUGUUGUAGAAUAUAUGCAAAAUCCCCAAACUAUGGCAAAUGAACUUGCGUUAAUUGGGUCAUUGGUAUCUAAUGAUGAUCUUGUUCUCCAUGUUUUGAAUGGUGUAGGCCCCGAGUAUUGCGAAAUUUCUGCUGCUGUCCGAGCUCGUGAAACCACUAUUUCUUUUGAAGAACUUUAUGAUGAGCUUGUUGAAUAUGAAGAUUAUCUUAAGCGAGAGGAAAAUCGUUCUGCCCUCAUCACUGGAAAUGCUGCAUCUCGUUCUUAUAAUUCAAAUCAAGGAGGACGCACUAACUUUAAUAAUCGCUCUUAA